CUUCAGUUUCAGUUUCGCUGCGGAGUUGGUCGCGUUCACACGACGCGCUCUGCCUGGGAAAACCGCCUGGAAAAACCUCCGAGUUGCUGUUUGUUUCUUUCUUUUUGUUGUUGUUGGCCCUCUAGCUUCUGGGUUUUUUGGCCUGGCGGCCCCGCCAGUUCAGUUGGUCAGUGAGUCAGUGUGCGCCAGUUGAAGUCUCGUCCUCCGAUGGGCGAGCGGGUGGAGAAAGCCUUUGCCCCACCCAUCCUGCGGCGGCAGCAGCCAAAUAAUUUAUAAGGGACAGCAACGGCAACUAGUUGGGCAGGAAAAAAGGAAAUAUACAACAGAAAAUAGCAGGAAAAGCGAGAGGGGAAAAGCGCGGAGGAAAGCGCACGCUGCCACAGGCGACACUUUGCUCUCUGCUGGCGUCGUCGGCAUACGCAAAACAAAUACAAAUUUCGAAAUACAUUUUACGCGCGCGUGAAGAGGAACGGAAUUACGGCGAAAAGCUUUGGGCAAUCUCCGCAAGCCCCAAACACACGCCCACGCGCAGCCAGAAAACGCUUCGAAAUGGUGCAAACCAGUGCAGAUGGCUCCGACUACAAGGAGCGGCUGAUAGCCAGCGUGAAGAAGGAGGUGAAGCAGCUGAUGGAGGAGGCGGUGACCAAGAAGUACGUCCACGAGGAGAGCAGCUCGGUGACCUCGCUGUGCGGGGCCGUGGAGGCCUGUCUGAGCCAGGGACUCCGCCGGCGGGCCCUGGGUCUGUUCAAGACCUCCUCGACGACGGCGCUGCUGCACAAGAUCGCCAAGAGCUGCCCGGAGGCGGAGCACAUCAGCAAGAUGGUGCAGGAGAUCGAGGCCAGCGAUCCGAGCAAGCGGUCCUCCAGCAGCAGCGACAGCUUCCAGCGACCGCCGAUGCUGAAGAAGAGCAGCAGCAACUCGAUGUCCACCGGCGGCAGCAAUGCGGUGGCCACCUCGUCCUCCGCCUCCGCCUCCGCGUCCAUCAGCGUCAGUGCCAGCAACUCCAGCAUGUCCCUGGCCAGCAUGAAAUAUUUGUGGAUUCGGUUGGCUCUCUACGAGAAGCGACUCACCAAGAUCAUCGAGUAUCUGGUGAGCAAUGCCAGCAGCUUCUACGAUCGCGACUCCCUGGUGGCCGAUCCGGAUUACGGAUCCAUCCUGAGCUCCCUGCUGGUGGGUCCUUGUGCUUUGGAAUUCACGCGGGCCAAGACAGCCGAUCACUAUUGGACCGAUCCGCAUGCCGAUGAACUGGUGCAACGCCACCGGAUCAGCUCGGUCCGCCGCUCCUCGUCGACCUGCUCCCGCCCGGCGAUCAUCAACUUCAAGCGGAGCCUGAACACGAGCUCCGACGAAGCGAGCAGCGGGUCCUUCAAGUCGAUCGCCUCGGCCAGCGUGGCCAAGGACUACGUGGAGUCGCUGCACCAGAACGCUAAGGCCACGCUGCUCUACGGCAAGAACAACGUGCAGGUGCUGCCCAAGGACGUGGCCGACCCGAUGCCCGGCUACCUGAGCCUGCACCAGCACAUCCAGACGCUGACCAUCAAGUGGACGCCCAACCAGCUGAUGAACGGCUACACCGAGGCGGAGGAGGCGGAGGACAUCGACAAGGACGCCUUCUGGGCCUACGCCCUCAACAUCAACGUGGACGAGAUCGUCUACGUCCACUGUCACCAGAGUCGCGGCGAGGACAGCGGCGGCACGGUCAUCCUGGUGGGCCAGGACGGCGUCCAGCGGCCGCCCAUCCACUUCCCCGAGGGCGGGCACAUGCAGCAGUUCCUCAGCUGCCUGGAGACGGGUCUCCUGCCCCACGGCCAGCUGGAUCCGCCGCUGUGGUCCCAGCGCGGCAUCGGCAAGAUGUUCCUCUGGCCCAGGAGCAUGCGCCGCCGCAUCCUGCCCUCGGUGAUGGAGUCCGUGGACGAGACGCCCAUCGACUACGUCUUCCGCAUCGUCAGCAAAAGCCGCCACGAGGAGUUCGCUGCCACCCACUCGAUCCUGGACUUCGUGCGGAGUACUCCGCGCCGGGCGCAGCUGAGCAGCUGCUCCACCACCGGCAGCAGCGACUGCUCCAACAAGAGCCUCUCCAUCGACCAGUUCCCGUUGGAGUCGCCGCUGCUCCUCCAGCAGCAGCAGCAGCAGCUGCUCCAGGCGCAGAGCACCAGCAUCGAGAUGGUCUGCUCCACGAUGCGCCGGCAGAUCAUCUCCAGGGCCUUCUACGGCUGGCUGGCCUACUGUCGCCACCUCUCCACGGUGCGCACCCACCUGUCCGGCCUGGUGCACGGCAGGAUUACCCCGGAAAUGAAAGCCGACGAGGAGGGCCUGACCAAGGAGCGCUGGCAGCUCUUGAACGUAGACGGGGUCCUGGAGAACGCCACGGAGUUCUACCGCCUGGUCUACUUCGGGGGCGUCCAGCCGGAGCUGCGGCAGGAGGUGUGGCCCUAUCUGCUGGGCCACUACGCCUUCGGCUCCACCUCGGAGGAGCGGCGGAAGCAGGACGAGACCUGCAAGCACUACUAUGAGACGACGAUGAGCGAGUGGCUGGCGGUGGACGCCAUUGUGCAGCAGCGGGAGAAGGAGAAGACGGCGCGGGCGGUGGCCAAGUUGAGUUCGGGCAGCAAUUCCGGAAACGAGAGGACCGUCAGGGCGGCGGAUCUCGAGGCGGGCGGCGAGCUGGAUAACGAGGUGUUCGAGGACAUCUCGGACAUCUCCGAUCCCGGCGAUCUGGAGUUUGAUGAGCAGCAGCAGCUGCAGCAGCAGCCAGUGGAGUGUCCCGUGAGUGGCAACCACCUGAGUGUGAAGCCCAUUCCCAGGGCCAUGAAGACGAGCACGGAUUCGGGGCAUGUGGACGAAGGUGAGAACUUCAAUGAGCUGGACGAGGAGCAGGAUGAGGUGGAGGUGGAGGUGGAGGGUAGCAAGGCCAAGAAGCAGCUGGAUCACAAGAAGGAGCCGGUUCCGUCAGCCGGUUCGGCCGACGACCAGGAGGAUCAGCUCAAUCCGGAGCCCAGCUGCUCCACUUCCACGGCCUCCUCGUACGAGACAGUGGGUCCUGGCGGUGGCCACCAGCAGCCGACCAGCGACACGCGCAGUGUCCUCAGCCCGGAGUACCUGAGUGCCGACGACCUCCAGCUGCCCGAGGAUGAGGAUGCAGUAAAGCCGCCGCCUCCACCACCUCCACAGGCAACGGCGGCUGUCAUCAUCACCAAGGCCUCCGUGGACAUCACCCACUGGGAACGCAGCUCCAAGCUGGGAGAGGGCGACCAAAUGUCACCCGUGGAGGAGCAGGCCGGCGAAUCCGUCGGCGGAGGAGGAGGCGUCAAUCUGGAUGCCCUGCAGCAGCCCAAGUCCGCCUGCGCCUCGCCAGCCAGCUCCAAUGGAGGAGUCUACAGUAGCGAACUCCUGGAGCAGUUCGGGCUGAAUCUGCACCGGAUCGAGAAGGAUGUGCAGCGUUGCGACAGGAACUACUGGUACUUCGCCAACGAGAACCUGGACAAGCUGCGCAACGUGAUCUCCACGUACGUGUGGGAGCACCUGGACGUGGGCUACAUGCAGGGCAUGUGCGACCUGGUGGCUCCCCUCCUGGUCAUCUUCGACGACGAGUCGCUCAGCUACAGCUGCUUCUGCAAGUUCAUGGAGCGCAUGAUCGAGAACUUCCCGAGUGGCGGGGCCAUGGACAUGCACUUCGCCAACAUGAGAUCCCUCAUCCAGAUUCUCGACUCCGAGAUGUACGACCUGAUGGACUCGAACGGCGACUACACGCACUUCUACUUCUGCUACCGGUGGUUCCUGCUGGACUUCAAGAGGGAGCUCGUCUACGACGACGUCUUCGCCACCUGGGAGGUGAUCUGGGCGGCCAAGCACAUCGCCUCCGGCCACUUCGUCCUCUUCCUGGCCCUGGCCCUGCUGGAGACCUACCGCGACAUCAUCCUCUCGAACAGCAUGGACUUCACCGAUGUCAUCAAGUUCUUCAAUGAAAUGGCCGAGCGCCACAAUGCCCGAUCCGUGCUCCAGUUGGCCCGGAGUCUGGUCCUCCAGCUGCAGAUGAUCAUCGAAAACAAGUAGAAUGUGGAAGAGCUGGAUAGAACCCAAAUAUAUAGAGCAUUAUUCUAGAGUCUAGAUCGUAGUUCAAUCAAAUUUCGUUUGCCAAAGAUAACCAGUAAAAAAAACAAUUUAGAUGACAAUGCGAAAGAGCGGAUUAACAAACAAUAAGUAUGUGUCGAUUGAUGUCUUCGCUAUAAAGUAUUUAACCUAGAUUUGUAUGCAACCCAAAAAAACACUAACUGAAACUGUAACUGUAAUCCUAAUGGUUAACUGUAUUCUUAUGCCUACGUAAGUUCUUCCCAAACUCUUCACGCAUAUCCCCAGAAAUGAAGGAAACCAGAAAACAGGGGCAGCAAAUGCAAAAGACUCUGAACAAAAGAUUGAAAUCUUAUAUACGAAAUCCUUAUACGACUGUAUAGACAUCUGAUAUUCACACUUUGCACUCGAACAAUUUGUUUUUCGUGUGUUUUUUAUACAGAAAACAAAUAUCAUGUGGAGAAAAUCGGGGGAGUACAAUGUAAUUAUCACGUUCUAUCAAAAGGCAAAUAAAAUUAUCAAUAUAUACACAAAAAGUGCGUUUUAUCAGUGAAAUCAGAUCAACUACUAUUUACAAUCUGAAUUAAUUCAACUGAAAUAUCGAUGUUAUUUGAUGGUUUUUCUAAUAAUAACCUAUUUGAUUGUCUAUAAAGUUUUUUUUGUUUAGAUCCUUAUACUUAUCCUUGAUUACUUAAAUUACCGAAAAUAUCAUAAUUAACAAUUGUUACCAUCCCUGUUUCUAUAAUACUUUUUUUAACAUUGAUCUGAAGCGAGUGUAUUACCAAAUCGAACGAUAAAUAUAAAUAAAUCAAAAAAAGUAGACACCCACAUAAUACCUAAUUGAGAAAUUUUUAAAAAUAAGUUCCGUUCCAAAGUAACCCCGACUUUCAACUAAACCAAACCGAAAGAAACUCUGUACCAGCGAGAAAUAUCCAAUUGUGUGUAACAAUCAAGUCAACAAUAAGUCAAGUACCCUUAAAUAUCCAUAUACACGGCAUAUAGUCGGAUCUUGUGUGUCUAUUAUCUAUAUAUAAGCUGCCAAGCCAAACCGAGUUCCAUUUUUAUUUAAUUGUAUUUAAUUUUUAUAUAAAUAUAUAUAUAUAUAUAUCUACAAUGCAAAGUCAACGCGUACUUAUAUCUAUUUCCCCCACUGUGUGAUCUCUCUUUCUACACCGAGUAUAAAUGUUGUGGAUUAUCUUUAUACCUUACUUAUACUCUUUGUAAAUGUACCUUUCCCCGGACAAACAAGAGGUAGACGACACCUCGGCUCCACUUUAUCUCAAUUACAAAUACAAUAUAUAUAUACACCCACACGAUAUGAAUAUGAAUCUAUAUAUAUAGUAUAAAUGUAUACAAGUACAAAGCAAAUGACGUCGGUAUGUUUGAAAUGGAAUUAAUAAAUAACACAUAUACGA